AACCGCUUUCAAGUCAUUGGAUUGCUCUUAGUUUCUCUUCUGUAACCCUCGUGAGGCGGAGUGAACUCCGCCCCUUUCAGAACCCAGGCACCGCCGUCCUUCCGUGGAGCUGCUCUAGCCGGGUUUGCCCAGCUCUAUCUCCCUCCUCCCAUGACCAUCGAAGGCGGCCGCUCUGUCCCAGUCGUGUAAUGGGCUCUGUGCUCACUGUUGGGCUGUUAUGAAUAUUCCAGAGAGGAUAUGAAUAUUCAUCAACACUUUGUGUGAGGCGGGACCAGAGCAAAGCCCUGGAGGCGGAUGCGAUUCCCGUGGACCUUGCUCUGCUGCGUGCGAUUCCGGCUCGGGAGUUUGGCGAGCCUCGGUUUGCGGUCUCUGCUAAUUCAUGGCUCCCGGGACAGCGGCGCCAGGGAGCGACCGGCCCCGGCCCCAGCUAGACUGGCAGUUCCUCUGGCGUUUUCUAAAGAUUCAGGCAAUUUUAUUUCCUUCUUGCUGCUCCAAGAAUGUGCUGAUGUUCCUAACCUUGCUUGUAGUUGCACUGCUGGAGCAGCUGAUCAUCUUCCAGGUGGGACUGAUUCCCAGCCAGUAUUAUGGAGUUCUGGCCAACAAAGACAUUUAUGGAUUCCAGAAAGUGACAGCAGUUGCUCUGGUUCUCAUUGUCCUGAACUCUGUGCUUAAGAGUUUCGACCAGUUCAUCUGUAAGCUCAUGUAUGUGAGCUGGAGAAAGACUCUCACUGAAUACCUCCAUGGUUACUACUUUCAGGGUCAGGUGUAUUAUAUCUUGAAUGUGCUGCAUCAGGAAAUUGAUAAUCCAGACCAGCGAAUCAGUCAGGAUGUGGAGAGGUUCUGCAGAGAGCUGAGCUCCAUGGCCAGUAAGCUGAUCAUCUCACCCUUCACCCUUGUUUAUUACACCUAUCAGUGCUUUUACAGUACUGGCUGGCUGGGCCCACUGAGUAUCUUUGGAUAUUUUAUCAUUGGGACCAUUGUCAACAAAAUCCUAAUGAGCCCCAUUGUUUCAAAACUGGUGCACCAAGAGAAGCUGGAAGGUGAUUUCAGGUUUAAGCAUAUGCAGCUACGGGUGAAUGCUGAAUCUGCUGCUUUCUACAGAUCUGCUGAGGUUGAACACAUGCGUACCAACCACAGGCUGCAAAUUCUCCUGCAGACACAGAGGGAAUUGAUGAACAAGGAGCUCUGGCUGUACAUUGGGAUCAACACUUUUGACUAUCUGGGAAGCAUCCUGAGUUACAUAGUGAUUGCUGUUCCCAUAUUUGGUGGUGUCUACCAUGAUCUGGAUCCAGCAGAACUGAGCUCCUUAAUUAGCAAGAAUGCCUUUGUUUCUAUCUAUCUGAUUAGCUGCUUUAGCCAGCUCAUUGACCUCUCCACCACUGUGUCUAAUGUAGCUGGCUAUACACACAGAAUUGGGGAAUUGCAGGAAAUGCUACUGAAACUUUCCAAGAAACAAAGAGAUUGUGAAUUGCAAGCUAAAUGGGACUUCAGCAGUGCUGCUAAAGAGGAGGUGGUCUCUAGCAAAAUAGCUUUCCUGCUGGAGCAAGUCAGUCUCUCUGCUCCUCCUGAGAAGCUACUUAUCAAGGACCUAAACCUGAGAGUCACACAAGGAAGCAAUCUCCUGAUUACCGGGAACACAGGCACAGGGAAGACAUCUUUGCUACGCAUCCUUGGUGGCCUCUGGGAGAGCACAGCUGGGCAUGUUCACAUGCUUUCUUGUUUUGGACCCCAUGGGGUGAUGUUUUUGCCACAGAAGCCUUUCUUCACAGACGGGACCUUACGGGAACAGGUAAUAUACCCCCUGAAGGAAAUCUAUCCAGUUUCGGGGUCUGCAGAUGAUGAAAGGAUACUGAAAUUCCUGGAGCUGACUGGGCUGUCUGACUUGUUAGUGAGAAUAGGAGGUUUGGACCAGCCAGUGGACUGGAACUGGUAUGAUAUUCUGUCUCCAGGUGAGAUGCAGAGGCUGUCCUUUGCCCGACUCUUCUAUCUCCAGCCUCAGUAUGCAUGUAAGGAAGGGAAUUCCGGUCGGGGAGGCAUCAGGUUUAUGACUCUACUUAAUGCAGAAGGAGUGGCUUUGUUGCUGGAUGAAUCUACCAGCGCAUUGACAGAAGAAGUGGAGCAUGAGCUGUACAAGAUCUGUGCACAGCUGGGGAUGACUCUGGUCACUGUGGGACAUCGGAGCAGCCUGGAAAAGUUUCACAGCUGGAAUUUGAAACUGCACGGAGGAGGAAAGUGGGAGCUAACAAGAAUCAAGAAAGACUGAGCUGUAUCGAAAGCUAUCCUGGACAACAGCAGCAAAAUAUAUUUUAAAGUAUCAAAUGAACUACCAAAGUGCCUUGAAAUCAGCUUGCCUUAAGGGAAGCAUCUGGUUGAAAGACUUGGAACAUCAGAAGCAGCAGGUGCUAAUGGGGCUUCUGUGGUCAAAAGGCCUCUAGCUUAAGGAACAUGGAGAGGGAGGAGUUCUAAAUUUCUUUUUGCCUUUCACUGAAAUAGUUGCCAAAAUGUUUUGACUACUGUAUCACCUAUUCAAGAUUUUACACAGAAGGCUUCCAUCCUGGUAUUACAUCUUAAGUGAAACUAUUUUGAAUGGUGUUGAAGCUCUCCAGCAUGGAAUUCAAUAGACAGCUGCUGACCUCUCCCCAGCAAGUCGGUGGAUGAAGUACAACUUACUACCAUCUGAGCCUGUGUUUUGUUUCAGGCUUAAGUUUCAUCCUCUUUCCCUGAGCAAGAGCUUCUGUAAGGAAAUGUUCUGCUAUGCUUGAGAAUUUACCCGUUCUUAAUUCAACAACUGGGAAACUACCUCACUGCUGCAGAUGUUGUUUCAAAUAUUCAAUAGAAGUAACACAAAGAUCAGGCAAACCUAGUUUUCUCCCAAUACCUACCACCAAAGGAAUCUGUUAUACAUUAAGAAAGCAUUUAUGAACACACCUGACACUGUUGGAGAUCUAUCAGCACUUCAUGCUAGGACAGUAUCUUUCCUAUAUGUGCUCCAUUUACCUUAGGAGUGUUGAAGGCUGCAUUCUCUUAUUAACAACAUGCAGAGUCGCUGGUGAGUAGACUGAAUCCAAAGCAUGUGCAGGGCCAGAAACAAAAAGUGGGUGUGUCACUCCUGGCCUCUUUCUUUUUAUUCUCUUCCUUCCCAUGCAUCAGCCUAGCAGUGGUGGAGGCACCUUUUGGGGACAGAUGAGGAAGCACAUUCUUGGCAGGAGUUACUGAUCGUGCUUGGCCGAAAUUCCUAUGGGCUAUUGCUACUCAGAAGCAAUUUGAAAUUAUGCAAAUUACUAAGAAGAAAUUAUGUGGGUUUGAGAUUUAUUUGGAUUUUUAAAAAGUGUUCUAGUCCUCUCUGGGUUAAUAUUAAGGGGAAGAGUGGUCUCAGAAACAAAACUUGGAAAAAGUGUGUAUCCUGUGUUGUUUAAAAGUUGAGAUGCUAGAAGGGAUAAAGCCUCUGACAGUCAACAGGAGAGGCUUCUGCAUAGCAUCCUAUUCAAGUACCUUUUCUCCAUCCACAUAUUGUCCUUCAUAUGUUAACCACUUGAUCAGUGUUGUCAAGCAAUAAAAUCUGAAGGGUGUUUUCCUUCAGAAUGUGGAAUAAAGUAAACUUGGAAGUCUG